AUGAUACGAGGUAUUCUCGACGGUGCCGCCGCGCUCCUUGGCUAUGGCGCCAGUAGCGAAACUGCCCCACUCGAUUUCUCUUCCACCGAGAUUGUCGUCCUGCCAGCAAACGCAGGCCCCGAUGAGCCCGUCACCGUCUGUUUCUUCUGGCCCGGCUCAAAAGAGGUGUUGACGAAGAUGCCGGGCUAUCCUCAGCCCUUACGCACGGUGUCCAAACCCACGUUCCGAGUUGGAGAGGCGGGAAGCAAGGGGCUUGGUCUUUUUGCUGCUCGUGCUCUCGGUCAAGGAGAGCUUAUCAUCGAUGAGCGGCCAUUGCUCAUCAGCGUUCGCGGGGUGCCCGUCGCAGUGCCCAUCUGGUAUAGUCAGGAGCAGACGACAAAAUACCAGCUGAAAGAGUUUGAGAAGUACCUAGAGGUGGUUUUGAAGGAAAUGCGGCCUGCAGAUCGGGAUGCUUUCAUGUCCCUUGCAAACAGCCAUACGACCGAUGGAUCAGGACCUAUAGCUGGUCGAAUCCGAACGAAUAGCAUCGGUCUGGAUGGACUCUGCCCUGAGAUGAGUGGUCCAAUGGCACAGUAUAGUUCUGUCCCACAUUUUAUUUCGCGCAUGAACAAUAGGCACGUCUUCCUAUCUUGCUGUCCCAAUACGAGCACCAACUUCCACGACGCGUCUAUCUCCUAUACGAUCUAUGCAGCACGUGACAUUGCGGAAGGCGAAGAACUGACGUUGGCUUAUUCCGACGUCUGGGACACUGCAGCGAAUCGCCAGCAGACCUUCAAGCCAUACGGAUUCGUUUGCGCGUGUGAUGCGUGUCUUGACCCCGUCAACUCCGACGCUCGUCGUGCCAAGAUUCGCUCGUUCGUUCCAACCGUCCAGUUGUGGGCCGUCAACCGGUCUUUGCCUGAUGACUGGCUCAUCAACAAGUGUCUCGAGCAAAUGGCGUUGCUAGAGCAGGAGAAGCUCGAGGGCGAGGCGCAGUACCACGCCGCCAUCAAUGCCAUCAUGGAGGCAUAUAUUUGUCUGGGAAAUUCUCCUAAAGUGCGCCAUUGGGCGGCACGGGCACGGAAAUGCCCGUGGGCGGCAAACAUUGAGACCUUGGAUGUGCUGAUUGCCCUCAAGUCGCAUAGUCGCCACCCGCUGUGGCGCAUGCGGGUCGACGACAAGCCAAAGGGAGAAAUGGCGUCGCAGCUCAAGCGGUUGGCGGCACUCGCGGGCGGGACGGACAACGGAAGAGGGCUCAUAAUGUUUGCAGGAGCGUAA